CAUCGUCACGAAUCAUGGUGAGAAAUCCAUGUUUUGCUUUAUCCUUGCGCGACUGCUCUUGUCUGUAGUGUAAUGACGCUACUGAGCAUGCGCGGUCUCCACAAGCAUCUUGAGGCAGUUGUUGAAGGAGGCGAGGGGAAAACAGUAGCGGUGAGAAACAGGGGAGAAGUUAGAUGGCGCUUUCCUUUUGUCGCCAUAUAUUUUUGCCUUCGAGUUAGCCUCCGCUGGAAGCUUUGGACUCGAACGGUGUUUGUGUGAUUUACACUCACUAGCUUUUGCGUCAAUUCUGUCCAACAAGGUCGGACGAUGGAGGAAUCAGUGACCACCUUCGAGACUCAUUUGACGGCCGUCAUGGACAGCCUCAUCCGAGCGUCGGUGUGUGAGAUCACCAAGCUCUUCCAGGAGACGGUGGCCGACUACUUGGUGGAGCUCUCCCUCAACAGGAAGGAGAACGAGGCUCUCAAACUGCGGCUGAGGCUCACCGAGAACAAGCUGAGAACCGAGCGCAAGUACGGCAUGGGCUGGGCCGCCAGCCGCCGCAACGCUGGCCUGGCAGCUGCCGAGGAAGGAGCAGGGGGCAGAGUGAAACGAAAAGUUGAGACGGACCGCAAGUCAAAGAAGGGCCCUGCAGCAGCCUAUCGCAGACGCUGGCCUGGAGGCGUGUGGGAGGAAGGCGGAGGAGGAGGCUGUGGAGGAGCUGCAGGGAUGGCAACUGGAGGAAAAGGAGGGAAAGAUUCCAGAGAGAUGUACCUCGUCCAGCUCCCGGGGUGUGAAGAGGAUGAGGAAGGCAUGAUGCAGGAUGAGGAAGGAGAGGGCAGCCUCAGCGGCGAGGGGGAGGAGACGGCCAACAUCAAAGAGGAGUUUCCUCCAAUCGAGGGAUAUCAACCAGCCUCUCUCAGGCUAAUCAAGGAGGCUCUGAAGAUGGAGCGGCCUAACCACAACCUCCGCAGUAGUUCCAGAGCCCAAAGUGAAGGAAACAUCUCAGAUCAUCCCCUGAGCCUUGCCUCCACAAAAAAAGAGGACGACAGCUGGGACGGAGGCUCUGUGGAGCCAUCAGAGAGCGGAAUGACCAUGGAUGAACUGAGGGGCUUGGAGUCGGCUCUGAGGGCCGAGAUAGGCCGCGAGCAGGCAGCCGUGACGGCCUCCCAGGCUGUCGCCCCCGCGUCCGAGGUGGUGUUAGGCAGCAAGAUCAGCUUGCCCCCCAAGUACAUUGGACUGGAUGGGAUGGAGCAGGAAGGAGAUGUGGAGCCUCAGCCACCCACGCUGCAGCGAGAGGACCAGAUAGGACAAAGCCGGGCAAAGGACCGCGUGAGGUCCGUGGAGCUGAAGUCAGGCAGGUGCAAGAAGACCAGAGAGAACGACUCUGCUCCAAAUGGAGAUGCGGGAGCAGAGCAGGUGGAGUCCGAGCACCUCCCGCAGCCGCCUGCCUUAGGAAGUGUUGGCGAGAGUGCAGGGGAAGAGGAUGGCGGUGGCGACCUGCUCCACUUCUGUCCCCAAUGCGGGGGAGGGUUCACCACAGAGGCUGAGAUGGAGGAGCACCCGUGCCCACUAGGUGGCGCUCAUUUACAGAGCAGCGGCGGAGAGGAGAGCAUUUUCCCUUGCGCCCACUGCGGAAACACGUUCAGCCACGCAUGGGCACUCAAGAACCACGAGUGUGCCUGCGCUGCCGAGCGCCCGCACUGCUGCGAGAUUUGCGGGAAGCGCUUCACUCAUUCGCGCUCGUUGGAACGCCAUCAUCUGGUGCACACGGGCGAGAGGCCGCACCAGUGCCCAUUAUGCGGGCGGAGCUUCAGUCGCCUCGGGAACCUGGAAAGGCACCAGAGGAUCCACACGGGCGAACGUCCUUACGGGUGCGAUGCAUGCGGGAAGCGAUUCAGUCGCGUGGAGUACUUAAAGAGACACCAGCUGAUACAUAACAGUGAGAAGGCCACGCUGCAGUGUUCCGCCUGCGGGAUGAACUUUCGCGAUGUGGAGCAGCUGAAAAGCCACCAGUGUUUUUAGAAACAUCGACGAUCUGGUUGAACUGGAAAGGAAAGAGCAGCUUUUAAACUGAAUGUGGUAGAAUUUAGGUGACUCAACGUGUAUUUGUCUCACUGGUUCGCAGUCCUUUAAAAACACCUGACAAGAUUAUCAUGAAGUGACUGAAAGGAAAAGAAGCAACUACAGUAUAAGCUGGAUGGCAAUCUUUCAAUUUGUCUGCCAUUUUGACUGGAGCUAUUCUCAUUUGUAUACAGCCUAUAAUUAUUUAUAAAGAUAAAUUGUACAGUUUUAUGUUUGUAUUAAUGCUUAACUCCCUUGAACGAUGACACAAUUGUUUUUUUCCCGUGACAGGAAUUACUGUUUGUAUAUUUGUCUAUGGUCAGCGUUGAGAAAUAAACAUUUCAGUUCAACGGAACACAUACUUGCAGUAUUCUCAUGUUUAUAAUCAUUUUAAGACAAGACACAAGGGGGUGCUAAGGUGACUACAAUCAAGAUUCAGAGAAAAAGUGUAUAAUGUACUUGGUUAUUAGUAGAGUAUGUCCAGUGAUACAUUUUUUGUGACAUUUUUAAGUUAUCAGUUAUUGAAAUACACGCCUGAUCAAAAUUUUAAGAUCAGAUGAAAAAUUACAAGAAUGUGCAUUUUGCUCUCUUGGAUCCUAAGGAGGUUCAAAGUAGAGCUUCAAAAUGCAAAAAGAAGAAAUGGGAGUGAAACAAAAAAAAAAAUCAGUAAAAAAUGUAUUGCAAACAAGCAUUAAAGUGAAACAGGCUGUUCAUCACGCCAUCAUGAUCCUUUCAUGGAACAAAGGGGCAGGGGCGUCAAACGGCAGCUGGCUAUGUGGAGAUGUUGCAUGGGGGCAUCCUUCAUGACCGAAGCCUCAUCUGUGUGGUAAUGAGCGGCUUUCUCAACAGGACAACGCUGCACUUCACAAUGCUCGCCUGACAAAGGAACAGGCUCACUCUUUUGGACCAUUCUGCGUGUUCCCCUGAGAACAUUUGGGGAUGGAUGGCAAGGGAAGUUUACAAAAAUGGACAUCAAUUCCAGACAGUGGAUGCCCUCCGUGAAGCCAUCUUCACCACCUGGAGCAACAUUCCCACUAGCCUCCUGGAAACACUGGCAUCAAGCAUGCAUCCAUUUUUGAGGUGGUUAACAAGAAUGGCACAGCUUCUCAUUACU